UGCUCCAAAAUAACAAACACAAUAGGCCAACUUCUUUUCUUUUUUGCACUCAACAAAUGGGGAAUUGUAUAGUUCUUCAAGAAAAAAUUGUAAAAGUGAUUAAAAAAGAUGGGAAAAUUCUUGAAUACAAAGCUCCCAUCAAAGUCCAUCAAGUGUUAUCACAAUUUUCUGGCCAUGUAGUAUCUAAUUCCUUUCAAUUCAUUGAUAAUCAACAUCUUCAGCCAGAUGAUGACUUGCAAGGUGGCCAAAUUUAUUAUCUUUUGCCUCAAUUACCAGUGCAGCCUCCUCCAAAAUCAGCCAAAAAGAAGGUCAAGUUUGCAAAUGAUCAAUUAGUUGAAGAAGAAGUUAAGCAAAAGACAGAGGUUGUUAGGAUUAAAAUUGUCAUCACCAAGAAAGAGUUGCAAGCUUUGUUGAAUAGUGAAGAUGGAUUAAUCAAAGUUGAUGAUAUCAAGAAUACUACUAUUGCUGAUGAUAGUACAAAUAAUGGUAUAGAAUGGAAGCCUGUCCUUGAUAUUAUACCUGAACUUAACUAGCAUAACAGUAGUGUACGGGUCAGUUUGUGCAUACUUGGAUUACUCUAUCGAGUACUUAUUAUCGUCCGUAUCAGUAUAAACAUCAGAUAAUGCUACCGAGGCUUGAACUCCACUAGCAUAUACCAGCUUUCUACUUUUCUAGCUAGUUUCCAACUUCCCAUAAUGUAAGAUUGUAUGUAGGAGUAUACAUGCACCAAUUAGGGGGGCCCAUUGCUCAAACAUAAUGGCAGGGAGCAGAAUAGAAUAGCAGAUUUAGCAAGCUAACGAUGCGACAAGGAAGAAGAAAUUUUGUUGUUUUAACUACUUAGUAGUUCCUCCUUUGUUUGCUUAAUAAGAAGCUAUUAGAGCAGACAAAUUGGGAACUACUUUUGUUAGACUGUUAUCAGAUGGCCCUAGUUUGUGAGGGCACAUCAUGUCCAUGAUAAUCUUGUACUAUGGUAUGAUACAUAAAUAUGAAUAUAAUAUAUUUUUUAUGUUCCA